AAAAACAACAACAAUGAAUCGCCUUUUACCCAAUUCACGAACUAUUUGAAAAGACGUUGAGUGCCUCUCAUUUAUUUUACCAUUAUUGUUUUAAUUUGUAAUAUUUUUAUUUUCUGUUCUUGUGAUAGGAUUUUCUUGUGAUCGUCGAUUAAGAAUGUGCGCUUCCUCGACUGGACGCUCGCACCCGCAUCUCGACGCUCAAUAGCGCGCAAACGCGCCUUGCGUCGAUGAGCUCGGUUUGUCUCGAUCUCUGCAGCGGCUGACUGGUGAUGUUAGGCGAAUAACCACAGGGAGGCGCCAUGGCCCUUCCUCGCACACUGUGUAGGGCACUACAGCUCGCGGAGUUGUGAGGGGCUUUAAUAGUUUGUGGAGACGUCAGCGGGCAGAUCUGGGGUCCGCGCUGCGCGUCUCUGGAUGAAACUCCGUGGCGCAGCAGGAUUUGUAGCACUCUCUAGCACACUCGCUGACUGUAUUUCUCCUGCUGGACUAAACGCUGCCAUGAGUCUGUGCGUUGUUCUGCUGCUCCUCAUCGCCAGGGUCUGUGCGGAGAGUCUGGAGGGGCCAACAGCCGGCUGCACGUUCGAGGAAGACUCCGACCCCAGCCUAUGUGAAUACAGACAGGCACAAGAAGAUGAUUUUGAUUGGCAGCUUGUACGGACCUACAGCUGGCCUCACAUGACCUCUGACCUUACACGAGGCUCCUACAUGCUGGUGAACUCUUCUCAGUAUGGUGCAGGACAGCGGGCUCAGCUCAUGUUACGUCCGCUGAGUGAGAACGACACACACUGUGUGCAGUUCAGUUAUUUUCUGUACAGCCGAGACGGACACAGUCCCGGGGUCCUAACCGUGUAUGUGCGUGUAAACGGCGGCUCGCGGGGAAAUGCGGUGUGGAAUGUGUCCGGAUCUCAGGGUCGGCAGUGGCAUCAGGUGGAGCUGGCCGUCAGCACCUUCUGGCCCAGCGAGUACCAGAUCGUUUUUGAAGCCACGAUCUCAUCGGAGCAGAAGGGUUACAUCGGCCUGGACGACAUAGUUCUGUUAAACUACCCCUGUUAUAAAGUGCCUCAUUUCUCCAGACUCGGGGAUGUGGAGGUGAACGCAGGACAGAACGCCACAUUUCAGUGUGUGGCGACCGGACGCUCCACCAAGACUGACCCCUUCCUGAUGGAGAGACGUAACGGUGUUCUGAUGUCGCCAUACUCAGUGACGUCAUCAGUCGGCGAGCGUCGAUUGGUUGCUUGGUUUCAGGUGGGCGGAGCCCAGCGUGGAGAGCAGGAUCUGUACCGAUGCAUCACUCAGUCGACGUACGGAGCCGCAGUGUCAAACUUUGCUGAACUAAUUGUCAGAGUCCCGCCCACACCGAUAGCUCCGCCCCAGCUGCUGCGCUCUGGCCCCACCUACCUGAUCAUCCAGCUCAACACUAACUCUAUCGUGGGCGACGGGCCGGUGAUCCGCAGAGAGAUCGUGUACCGGGCCAGCCACUCGCCCUGGUCCGAAACUCACGGAGUCAACUCACUGACGUAUAAAGUCUGGCACCUGGAGCCGGACACAGAAUACCGCAUCAGUGUCCUCCUCACCCGGCCCGGAGAGGGAGGAACCGGCCCGCCUGGACCCCCGCUGGUCAGCAGGACCAAGUGUGCGGAGCCCAUGCGUCCGCUCAGAGGACUGACGGCGUCGGAGAUUCAGUCCCGUCAGCUGCUCCUGCAGUGGGAGCCGGUCGGCUACAACCUGACACGCUGCCAUACGUACUCCCUGUCGCUCUGCUACCGCUACUCCACCGCCGCGGGGGGCGGAGCCGGCGGGAAUAACGCCACGGUGAGGGAGUGUCUGUCGGUGGAGCGGAACACCUCCCGCUUCACACUCCGGGACCUGCCUCCGUUCCACGCCGUUCACGUGCGGCUAGCGCUGGCCAAUCCUGAGGGCAAGAAAGAGAGCCGAGAGGUCACCUUCCAGACCGAGGAAGACAUCCCAGGAGGCAUUGCACCCGAAUCUUUAACCUUCACCCCAUUGGACGAUAUGAUCUUUCUCAAGUGGGAGGAGCCAUUGGAGCCCAAUGGUCUGAUCACACAGUAUGAGAUCAGCUACCAGAGCAUUGAAUCAUCAGAUCCCAGCAUCAACGUUCCCGGCCCACGACGCACCGUCUCCAAACUAAAGAAUGAGACAUACCACAUGUUCUCCGGGCUUCACCACGGCACCACAUACCUGGUGUCUGUUCGCGCCCGCACCGCCAAGGGCUUUGGUCAGACCGCGCUGACUGAAAUCACCACCAAUAUCUCAGCACCAGCGUUUGAUUAUGAAGAUGUCCCUUCUCCACUGAGUGAAUCUGAAAGCACCAUAACUGUACUCCUGCGUCCAGCUUUGGGGAGAGGAGCACCUGUGAGUUCCUAUCAUGUGGUUGUGGUGGAGGAGGAUAGCUCCAGACAGGUGAGGCGGAGGGAGCUGGGUCACAUGGAGUGUUUCCCUGCUCCUUCCUCCCAUGGGGAGAGUCCCGGAGGAGGUGGAGGGGCAAAUGGUGCUCCGCCUCAUUACUACACCGCCGAACUCACGCCCAGCAGCUUACCUGAGGCUACACCGUUUACUGUAGGGGACAACCACACCUACAACGGCUACUGGAACACACCACUGGACCCCAGCAAGAACUAUCUCAUCUACUUCCAGGCCUCCAGCAACUUCAGAGGGGAGACCAGGAUCAACUGCAUUCGGAUCGCUCGUAAAGAGGCCUGUAAGGACCAUAAGCGAGCUCUGGAGGUUUCCCAGCAUGCCGAGGACAUGGGGCUGAUCCUGGGGGCCUGUGCUGGGGGGCUGGUUGUGCUCAUCCUCCUGCUGGGAGCCAUUGUGGUUAUUGUGAAGAAAGGAAGGGACAUCUAUUCUUACCCUUACUACCCCAGGAAGAAAGUGAACAUAAACAAGGCAGUGAUGACGUAUCGUCAGGAGAAGACGCGUAAGCUGGGGUCACUGGACUGCAGUACAACAGAGCACAGUACACUCCAACAGGACGAUCGAACCACCAACACAUUCAUGGACUCACAUAACUGCACUGCUAGAAAUGAGCAGCGCAGCACGGUGAACGAGUCCAGCAGCCUGCUAGGUGGUUCUCCCAGAAGGCACUGCAGGAGAAAAAGCUCUCCGUACCACACAGGGCAGCUGCACCCGGCUGUGAGAGUGGCAGAUCUGCUCCAGCACAUCAACCAGAUGAAGACAGGAGAGGGCUACGGCUUCAAGCAAGAGUAUGAGAGCUUUUUUGAUGGCUGGGACAUAAACGAAAAGAAGGACAAGACCAAGGGCCGACAUGACACCCUUCUGGGUCAAGACCGUCAUCGAGUGAAAAUGCAUUCUCUCCUGGCCGAUCCUAACUCUGACUAUGUCAAUGCAAACUACAUUGAUAUUCGGAUAAACAGGGAACUUAAUAUGCAGAGUCAACUGCAACAGUGGCGUGAGUUUGGAGACAACAAUGGCGGGUAUCAGCGCUCCAACCAUUUCAUCGCCACACAAGGGCCCAAGCAGGACAUGAUCUAUGACUUCUGGCGCAUGGUUUGGCAGGAGAACUGCUACAGCAUCGUGAUGAUCACCAAACUGGUGGAGGUGGGGAGAAUGAAGUGCUGUAAAUACUGGCCUGAUGACAGUGAGCUCUAUGGAGACAUCAAAAUCACUCUGCUGAAAACAGAAACGCUGGCAGAAUACACCGUACGAACCUUUGCCAUGGAGCGGCGGGGUUACCCAGCUAAACAUGAAGUCUGCCAGUUCCACUUCACAAACUGGCCAGAGCAUGGUGUCCCGUAUCAUGCCACAGGCCUGCUGGCCUUCCUCCGGCGGGUCAAGGCCUCCACACCUCCCGACGCUGGCCCAGUGGUGGUCCACUGCAGUAUGGGUGCUGGCCGCACCGGCUGUUACAUCGUAUUGGACGUGAUGCUGGAUAUGGCCGAGUGUGAGGGUGUAGUGGACAUUUAUAACUGUGUGAAGACGCUCUGCUCACGACGUAUCAACAUGAUCCAGACUGAGGAGCAGUAUAUAUUCAUCCAUGAUGCCAUACUAGAGGCCUGUCUGUGCGGAGAGACCGCCAUCCCCAUCAGCGAGUUUGAGCUCACCUAUAAGGACAUGCUGAGUGUGGAUUCUCAGACCAACACCUCUCAACUGCGAGAGGAAUUUCAGACUCUGAACUCUGUGACUCCUCACCUGGACGUGGAGGAGUGCAGCGUGUCUCUGCUGCCCCGUAACCGUGAGAAGAACCGGAGCAUGGACGUGCUGCCGCCUGACCGUGCGCUGGCGUUCCUGGUCUCUACCGAGGGCGACGGAAACAACUACAUAAACGCCGCACUGAUGGACAGCUUCCUGCAGCCGGCUGCGUUUGUGGUGACCCCUCACCCCCUGCCCACCACCACCGCCGACUUCUGGAGACUGGUGUUUGACUACGGCUGUACCUCCAUCGUCAUGCUCAACCAACUCAACCAGUCCAACUCAGCCUGGCCCUGUCUGCAGUACUGGCCUGAAACGGGCAUGCAGCAGUUUGGACCCAUGACAGUGGAGCUGCUCUCCAGAUCCACCGAUGACAACGUCGUCACUCGCCUGUUCAGGGUGACCAACAUCACACGGGACCCCAGAGAGAACCACCCAUGUCGGAACGACGGGUCUCGCUUCCCUAAAAAGCUGCAGGAAGGUCAUCUGGUAGUGCGACAUUUCCAGUUCCUGCGCUGGUCGGCUUAUCGUGAGAUCCCAGACUCUAAGAAGGCCUUUCUCAACCUGCUGGCACAAGUGCAGAAGUGGCAGAGGGAGUGCGGUGACGGUCGCACUGUAGUGCACUGCCUGAAUGGCGGCGGACGCAGUGGCACUUUCUGCGCUUGCACCAUGAUAAUUGAGAUGGUGCACCAUCACAACAUGGUGGACGUGUUCUACGCAGUCAAGACUCUCCGCAACUCCAAGCCCAACAUGGUGGAGUCUAUGGAGCAGUACAGGUUCUGCUACGAGCUGGCUCUGGAGUACCUGGACUGCCUGGAGGUCAGAUAACACAAGAGCUCCAGACCCGAUCGACGCCGGCUUCAACCUCUUCACCUCGCCUCCUCUGUUUCCUUUCGCUUGGGCCGAUCCAGCCCACCUGAAUGAGCCUUCUGUCCUCCAGUGAGAAUACAUCUACAUCAAUAAUGGGAAUUCGCAAGACAUUUCUUUAACCUUCGACCUCUAUCGUCCUCUGUGCACUUUCUGUUUUGACGUUUCCCCCUCCACGACCUCCUGUGCCAGAUAUUCCUGCCGAACCCGUGAGGGAGUCGAAGAGAUUUCAGCAGCUUUGAGAUUGUGACAUGCGUCUCUGAUCACGUGACUGGCUCUCUGCCUUUCACACCAAGCAAGAGGAAAACAUGCUGAAUUGUAAUGAAACCAUGCGACGACAUGGGUGAUAUUGUGCUUGUACAUUACGUGUAUUGUUAAACUCUGUACAUGGGGCGAUCUACUGUACUUAUGCACCUGAUUUUACUGGAAACCAUACAAUGAAUGUACGGACGUGAUGGCUGAUAGAGGUUUUCUUUUCAUUUAAUCAUUAAAGGUGAUGUGUAUAAUUGACGUUAAUCUCCUAUUUCUCAUUAAAGUGUAACACUGUGGCGAUAUCAAAACAUUGCUCUGUUUGAGCAGCAGCGACUCGACCAAUGGCAUGAGUUUGGGGCAGGACUGACUUUUUGGCUAACCAGUGAGAAAUGGGGGCGUGUUCAGGACUGUUUUUUUAAAACGAUGAUAUUUUCUUGCAAAUCCUGCAAAAGUUUGGUGAUGCUAGUGGUGCUAAAAUUACACACUUCACCUUUAAAUCUUAAAGUGACACAAACUUUUAAAGUUUUGACAGUUGAGAGAUGCAAAGAUGGUUUAUGGGUUUAUUUCUUUUUUCUGUGUAUAUAUAAUAUCUAUUUUGCAAAACAAACAAAAUGUUUCUAGAUGUUGUCUUUAAUGUGCCAACUCGUGUGUGUGUGUGUGUGUGUGUGUGUGUGUGUGUGUGUGUGUGAAGAGGAUCACUCAUGGAUCUGCAUGCCUGUUUCAUUGUAAUCCAUUGUGAGCCGUCUGCUUUGGGUGCCGCAGCCCGCUGUUGUUGAGCGAAAUAAAACAAAAAAAGAUACGCAACUAUAUAAAAGAAAUGGAAACGCUACUAUUGGAAUACAAUGAGGCAGUCGCUAAAAAGUUGCUUUUUAUCUUUGUAUUUAUUGGUUGUGUUUUAUUUUCUAAAAACAAAACAUGAAUGAAUAAAACAUUCCAAUGUU